AUGGGCCCGAGGCGCGCGGCGGCGUCCUCGAAGAGCGGGCGUCCGGGGCAGCCCGCGCGCGCGACCGCGGGGCAGCCCGCGCGCCGCCGCGCGACCUCGAGCGUCGCGCGCGCGACCCGUCCGGCCCGCGCGCAGGAGUCCGCCGUCGCCGACUUCCUCCAGAUCCUCGAGGAGCACCGGAAGAACUGCGAGCGGCAGGGCAAGUACGUCGAGGCCGAGAUCGCGAAGAAUCGCCUCGAGGAGCUGAAGAUGCACGAGGAGAACCGGCGCAAGGAGGCCAUGCGGUCGCGGCAGAUCGCGGAGCGCCUCGGCGUCGAGGAGGCGCACAUGCUGGAGUUCCAGCAGUUCAACAUCAUCUGGGACAAGAAGAUGAGCGAGUACGAGAACCACGCCGCGGACCUCGUCGAGGCGAUGAAGGAGCGGCACGCGGCGGAGCUCCGCGACUUCCAGGGCGCGCUGCUCCAGCGCCAGGCGCGACCAAAGUUCUCGCGGGAGCUGCUGAACCUGCGGCGGAUCCAGGAGCACCUCGCGCGCCAGAAGGACUACACCGAGGCGCACAAGAUCAAGCUCAAGUGCGACGCGCUCGAGGCCUGGGAGCUCGAGAAGUGGCAGAACGGCAAGCAGCAGGAGAUGUUCCAGCGCGAGGCCAAGUUCAAGCACCAGAAGCAGCAGGAGCUCGUCGCGCUGCAGAAGCGCGUGCAGACGGGCCGCGAGGAGCAGAAGAAGCAGCGCCAGAUGGACCUCGAGCGCCUCCUCCAGCGAUACCAGAACGUGAAAUCCGAGCUCGAGGCCCAGCAGAACCUCGAGCGCAUCCGGGCCGAGCGGAUGGCGUCGAGCGGCCAGUGGAACUCGACGAUCCAGAAGAGCGGCACCAUCGUCGCAUGA